UCGGCGCUCGCGCUUCGUCUUCUCUGCGACUCUCGAGUCCCCGACUCCUGAAGGAGACCGAAGGCUUGAUCGUCCGUUGUUCCGACAAGAUCUUGAUCGAGUCAUCACGACCUCGCUGGAGAAGAAACUCUUCGCAGCGCCGCUUCGGCAUCUCGCGUUUUCUUGGCUCUUUUUCGCGAGCGAAUCCGAGCAAGCUUCGUAGCUGGUAAUGGCGAAGCGCGAGCUCUCGAGCACCUUGAGGAAUUUGAAGUUCAUGCAAAGGGCGGCUGCGAGGGAGGAGAAGCCCAAGAAGGAGGAUGAAGCGAAAGCUAAUGGGGAUUUCCUUUCCUCUGCUUCGGUUCGUAAGAAAUGCGUUGUCAUAAUGGAAGGUGAUCCUCAUCCUGGAGCAGUCAUCGGACGGAUGUCUUUCCAGUGUUUUAAUCCUUCUAUAGAUAAAAUGAAUGAAGAGGCGGUAAAUCUUCGUCAGCCAGAUGCUCCAGCGACAUCUUCUGGUACUCAAAGUGAAGGAUCUUCUUUCAGGGAUAAUGGAUCUGCAAUGAAUGGAGAAGAACCUGUUAGCUUUGAUAAGCAGAAUUCCGAAGGGAAUGGAGAACUUAAAAGAAAGCAAUCUGAAGUUGAAGCAGAAACUCCGUAUCCCAGGAAAUCGCCAAAAACAAUGCAAAGUGAUCAACAGUCAUUGCCUUCUGGCAGUCGAACUUUUUACAAGCAACCAAAACGGGAAAAGCUAGAUUGGAAUAUUCUGAGACCAUCGAAGGGUCAACAAGAAAAAUAAGAACAUAUGACGUACCGUCUUAGGAUGCUCAUUGAUAUCGUUGUUCCACCGUAUCUGUUAGACAUUUAAUUGAUAGAAUUAUAGUGCUUGUUUUGUUGUCAUAAUAGCAAGCAUUGUGAAACCAAAAAGAAGCAAAUGUUCUUAGCCACUCUCUAUCUCUCACCCACACACAAACACACACUAGAUGCUGUUGAACAGAACCCUCUGUGUGGCCAAAAGAGAAAUUGAGAACCCUUUCGUUCUUGUUUGCGCAGGAUGUUAUGCCAAAUCUCGAUUCUCUACUACAUAGAAUUUCUUUGCCCAA